UAAACUCCUGUUUAUAUUGAUAAAAAUUUAAAGACAAUUUUAUUCUUUAAUAAAAAAAUUCAAAAAAGCUGAAAAAUUAAGAAAAAAAUAACUAUUCCAACCAAAAAACAUACCGACAGAGACAAGUUAACUGAAAACUCAAGCCUUUUAUUAAACAAAGACACAACUAAAAGCCCCAGAAUCCUGAGGCUUCUUCUUAACUUGCAGGCCAUGACCUUCAGCUUUCAUGGCUACUAAACUUCUUCAACCACCACUUCCAGCUCACCAGGCGGCAGUGCCACCACUCCACAGACUCACAAGCUUCAUAAAAGCUCACAGAUUCAUCUCAGCCACACAUCCAUGGCCUAAAAACACAGCCCUUAGAUCCAUAUUCAGUACUAAAGUUGCAAAACAAACCUCUGGCUUAGCUGAAGAUGACAAGGAGACUCCACAAAGAUUGACUCUUGCCCACCUCAAAGCUGACCUUUUUCAACAAGUUCAAGGAAUCAAUAGAGGAAUUUUUGGAGUGCCAUCUGGGAAAAAAUCAGAGAUUGAGAGGCUUGUGAAGCUGCUGGAGUCUCAGAAUCCAACUCCAGAUCCUACUGUGAAUCUAGAAAAGGUUAGUGGAUGUUGGAAACUUAUUUAUAGCACAAUUACUAUAUUGGGUUCUAAAAGAACAAAACUUGGCUUGAGAGAUUUCAUCACUUUGGGAGAUUUUUUGCAGACCAUUGAUAUUGCUAAGGGUAAAGCAGUUAAUGUGAUCAAGUUCAAUGUGAGGGGACUAAAUUUGUUGAAUGGACAGCUGACUAUUGAAGCUUCCUUCAAGAUUGCAUCAAAAUCAAGAGUUGACAUAAAUUAUGACAACUCAAUGAUUACUCCUGAUCAGUUGAUGAACAUGUUCCGGAAAAACUAUGAUAUUCUGCUUGGCAUCUUCAAUCCGGAUGGUUGGCUAGAGAUCACAUAUGUUGAUGAUACGAUGAGGAUAGGGAGAGAUGACAAAGGCAAUAUCUUCAUAUUAGAGAGAUCAGAAGAAAGCAUAACAAAAUGAUCAGUUUGUUACCACAAAUUUCUCAGUAAAUUUCACAAUAUAUUUUUUUUUUCAGUUGGAAAUUUUUUCCGGUGAUGAAAACAGAAAUUUUUUUACGGUGCAUAUGACAGAGCAUCGGAUUGCUUC